AUGUCUCUUCUCAGUCGAUUCUUCUACAAAAGACCCCCAGAUGGCUUACUUGAAUUCAUCCCAAGAGUUUACGUUUUCGAUUCGUGUUUCUCCACUGAAGCGUUAUCAGAUGGAAUGUACGAGCUCUACCUUCACGAAAUCGUGACUGAAUUACACGAAGAGUUUCCAGAAUCUUCGUUUUUAGCGUUUAAUUUUCGUGACGGUGAGAAGCGUAGCAAUUUCGCUGAGUUAAUGUGUGAAUACGAUGUUAUUGUUAUGGAUUAUCCCAAAAAUCACGAGGGUUGUCCUCUUUUGCCGCUUUCUCUUGUUCAGCAUUUUCUUCGUGUUUGUGAGAGUUGGCUUUCACUUGGGAACCAUCAAAAUGUGAUUUUGUUUCAUUGUGAGAGAGGGGGUUGGCCGCUUUUGGCUUUUUUGUUGGCGAGUUUGUUGAUUUUUAGAAGGGUUCAUAGUGGUGAGCGGAAGACGCUUGAAAUGGUUCAUAGAGAAGCACCUAAGGGUUUGUUGCAGUUGUUGUCGGCUUUGAAUCCGUUGCCUUCGCAGCUUCGGUAUAUUCAAUAUGUUGCGAGGAGGAAUAUUGCGCCUGAGUGGCCUCCGCCGGAGAGGGCUUUGUCUUUGGAUUGUGUUAUUCUUAGGGGGAUUCCGAGUUUUGAUUCGUCGAAUGGAUGUAGGCCGAUGUUUAGGAUUUUCGGGAGGAAUUUGUAUAGUAAAGGUGGCCCUUCUACUCAGAUGAUUUAUAACAUGCAUAAAAAGAAGAACUUGAGGCAUUAUCGUCAGGUAGACUGUGAUGUGAUUAAGAUUGAUAUUCAAUGUUUAGUGCAAGGAGAUGUGGUUUUGGAGUGUGUCCAUUUGGAUUUGGAUCCGGAAAGGGAAGUGAUGAUGUUCCGUGUGAUGUUUAGUACGGCGUUUAUUCGAUCCAAUAUAUUGAUGCUGACCGCCGAAAACUUGGACAUUCUUUGGGAUUCUAAGGAGCGGUAUCCGAAAGGCUUCCGGGCUGAGGUUUUAUUUGGGGAGGUUGAAAACUCAAGUUGUCAGAGAACUUCGAUGGAAACAACCAUUUUGAAUGGUGAGGAGAGAGGUGGAUUACCCAUUGAAGCAUUUUCAAGAGUUCAAGAACUUUUUAGUGGAGUGGAUUGGGGUGACAAUGGUGAUGCUGCAGCAGUGUGGCUGCUUAGACAGCUUAAUGUCUUAAAUGACGCCAAAGAGUUUUCGAGGUUGCAAGGUAAAGGAAGUUGGUUUUCGUCGCCAGCUGACUCUGAAGAAGAAUUUAAUGAAUCAAGUGUUGCUGAUAGUUCAGAUGAGGCCUUUGAUGUUACUCCCAAGUCUUCUGCCGAUUCUUCAAAAUUAUGGACAUCUGACAUCCCUGAUUUGGAUCAUUUAGCCAUAGAAAACAAUGGGGGAAAUUUUGUAAAUCCCACUUCAAGAAUGUCUGAUCAUUUAUUGACUGAUAAUGUUUCAUCACCUCAUCAUGUUUCUGGCCCUCAUAUUGGUUGGAACACUGAUAAUGCUGCUGGUCCUCCUCCACCCCCUCUUCCUUCCAUGGCCAGCAAUGCUAGCAGUGCUUCCACAUUGUCUUCACUUCCUCCUCCAGGACCAGAACAUACAAGUUUAGUCCCAUUACCUCCACCCCCACCACCACCUCCUCCAGAAUUUGCUCAAACAGGUUCUUCCCCAAACCCUCUACCUCCAAGUCUCGUACGGACAGGUUCAUCUCCCCCAUCCCCACCUCCGCCUCCUCCAUGUCCUAUACGAACAAGUUCGAUCCCACCACCCCCGCCUCCUCCAGGUUCUGUACAAACACAUUCAAUCCCACCUCCUCCACCUCCUCCAGGGCAUGUACAAACUGGACGAACAAGUUCAGCCCUGCCUCCUCCUCCUCCAGUUUUGGCACAAAUAGGUGCAGUCCCAGCACCUCCACCACCGCCUCCAAGCUCUACACGAACAGGAUCAGUCCCACCACCUCCACCACCUCCUCCCCCAGGUCCUCCACGAGCAGUUUCAGCCCCACUACCUCCUCCCCCAGGUCCCCCAGGUCCUCCACGAGCAGUUUCAGCCCCACCACCCCCGCCACCACCUCCUCCAGGCCCUCCACGAGCAGGUUCAGCCCCACCACCUCCACCGCCUCCUCCAGGACCUGCACGAACAGGAUCAGCCCCACCUCCUCCAAGUCUUCCACGAACAUGUUCUGCCCCACCACCUCCACCACCUCCUCCAGGACCUGCACGAACAGGUUCUGCCCCACCACCUCCACCACCUCCUCCAGGACCUGCACGAACAGGUUCAGCCCCACCACCUCCACCACCUCCUCCAGGACCUGCACGAACAGGUUCAGCCCCACCACCUCCACCACCUCCUCCAGGACCUGCACGAACAGGUUCAGCCCCACCACCUCCACCACCACCUCCAGGUCCUGCACGAUCAGGUUCAGCCCCACCACCUCCACCACCACCAGGUCCUGCACGAACUGGUUCAGCCCCACCACCUCCACCUCCCCCAGGAAAGGCCUCUAGUGUGCCUCCACCACCAGGGAAAUUAACAACAAAUGUGGGAAGAGGCCGUGGUACUGGUGCUAUUGCUGUUAAGAAAACUUUGUUAAAGCCUCUACAUUGGGUGAAAGUUUCUCGGGCAGUACAAGGGAGUCUAUGGGCUGAUUCACAGAAACAAGGCAGUGAUUCAAGGGCCCCUGAAAUAGACAUAUCAGAACUUGAGACCCUGUUUUCAGCAGCAUCUAUUUCUGAUGGAAAUAGUACUAAAGGCGGACUUAGGCGUGGUUCUAAUAUUAACAAACCUGAGAAAAUACAAUUGGUUGACCUGCGUAGAGCAUAUAAUUGUGAAAUAAUGCUCUCUAAAGUCAAAAUUCCUCUGCCAGAUAUGCUUAAAGCAAUUUUGGCAUUGGAUUCUUGUGUUCUGGAUAUUGAUCAGGUUGAGAACCUCAUCAAGUUCUGUCCUACAAAGGAAGAGAUGGAGGUGCUGAAGAACUAUACCGGGAACAAGGAUAUGCUUGGAAAGUGUGAGCAGUUUUUUAUGGAGCUGAUGAAGGUUCCACGAGUAGAAUCCAAGUUAAGGGUGUUUGCUUUUAAAAUCACCUUUUCUGGUCAGGUGAGUGAUUUAAGGAAAAAUUUGAAUACAAUCAAAGAUGCAACCAGAGAGGUCAAGGAAUCUGUAAAACUGCGUCAAAUAAUGCAGACUAUUCUUACGUUAGGCAAUGCUUUGAACCAGGGAACUGCACGAGGAUCAGCAGUAGGGUUCAAAUUGGACAGUCUUCUCAAGUUAUCUGACACCCGUGCUAGAAAUAACAAAAUGACUUUAAUGCAUUAUUUGUGUAAGCUUCUUGCUGAGAAAAUGCCCGAACUGAUAGAUUUUGACAAAGAUCUUGUCCAUUUGGAAGCUGCUUCUAAGAUCCAACUAAAAGCAUUAGCUGAAGAAAUGCAAGCUGUGCAUAAAGGUUUAGAGAAAGUUGAGCAAGAACUCACUGCUUCUGAAAAUGAUGGUUCGAUAUCUUCAGGAUUUCGCAAGGUGUUGAAGAGUUUUCUUGAUUUUGCCGAAGCUGAUGUGAGGUCACUUAUAUCAUUGUAUGCCGAUGUGGGAAGAAGUGCCGAUUCUUUGUCCCAAUACUUUGGGGAGGAUCCAGCUAGGUGCCCCUUUGAACAAGUGACACAAAUACUUAUUGUGUUCGUAAAGACCUUCAACAAGUCCAAGGAGGAGAACGAAAGGCUAGCA